AUGCCGGCCAACUGUCAUGUAACGCCACAAAAUGCUAAAGCUCCAGCUAUUGUUGAAGUAAAUACACUUAGCGAAGACGACCAAGCUAUAAAUCCAGCUGAUCAUUAUGGUGUAACACCAGAUUAUUCCAUUCAAGUUAAUGGUCGAAAUACGAUCUAUUCGAAUGAAUACAUUGAAAGUAAAUACAUGUAUGAAAUGAACCACUGCGAUGUUGAUCAUCAAGCAAAAGAAGUGAAAAUUACUCCACGAAAAUAUCAAUAUAAUUUUCGUACAAAACGUCAAGUACAACGUACAGGUGUUAUGCUUGUUGGUUGGGGUGGUAACAAUGGUUCAACAGUGACUGGUGCUAUCAUUGCUAAUCGAGACAAAAUCACAUGGAUGCGUAAAGAGGGCGAACAGUUUCCAAAUUAUUAUGGAUCGUUAACUCAAUCCACCACGAUUCGACUUGGUAGUAAUACGGAAGGUAAAGAAAUUCAUAUUCCAUUCAAUACAAUAUUACCGAUGUUGCAUCCAAAUGAUAUUGUUAUUGGUGGUUGGGAUAUCAAUCGAGCAAAUAUAGGCGAAGCUAUGGAACGUGCAUGUGUAUUUGAUUAUGCGUUACAAGAAAAAUUGAAACCAAAAUUAAGUAAAUUAAAACCGUUGCCAUCAAUUUAUUAUCCUGAUUUUAUUGCUGCCAAUCAAGAAGAUCGUGCCAAUAAUUUAAUUCCAAAAGGAACUAAACAACAAGAUUUAGAACAUUUACGAAAUGAUAUUCGUACAUUUAAACGAAAUAAUAACUUAGAAAAAGUUAUUGUUCUAUGGACCGCUAAUACUGAACGUUAUACUGAUGUUCGUCCAGGUUUAAAUACAACAAAAGAAGAAGUUCUUCAAUCGAUCGCCGAUAACGACGAUGAAAUUAGUCCGUCAAAUAUUUUUGCUUGUGCAGCUAUUUUAGAAAAUUGCCCAUAUAUAAAUGGUAGUCCACAGAAUACAUUAGUACCAGGAAUAAUUGAGCUUGCUGAAAAACAUAAUGUUUUUAUUGGCGGUGAUGAUUUUAAAAGUGGCCAAACAAAAUUAAAAUCAGUUCUUGCUGAUUUUCUUGUUUCGGCUGGUUUAAAACUUGAAUCAAUUGUUUCGUAUAAUCAUCUAGGAAAUAAUGACGGUAAAAAUUUAAGUGCACCACAACAAUUUCGUUCGAAAGAAAUCAGUAAAUCAAAUGUUGUUGACGAUAUGGUCGGAGCCAACCAUUUGCUCUAUGAUAAAAAAACAAAUGAACAUCCAGAUCAUGUUGUGGUUAUCAAAUAUGUACCAUUUGUUAAAGAUUCAAAACGAGCUAUGGAUGAAUACAUAUCAUCGAUAUUUAUGAAUGGUAUCAAUACAAUCGCCAUUCAUAAUACAUGCGAAGAUUCACUUUUAGCGUCACCAUUAAUUAUUGAUUUAGUUAUUUUAACUGAAUUAAUGACACGUAUUACUUAUAGUACAAAUGACAAUGAAGAAUAUCAAACAUUUGAAGCAGUUCUAUCAAUACUUUCUUAUCUUCUUAAAGCUCCAUUGGUUCCAUCUGGUACGCCAGUGAUCAAUGCACUCUUUAAACAACAUCGGUGCAUCACAAAUAUUUUUUCGGCAUGCGCUGGUAUUGCAAUGGAUACCGAUAUGUUACUUGAGCAUAAAACAAAAUUACCCAAACCAAUGAAAGUUCAACUCUAA